AUGUCUGACGAGACCACCACGCAGGCCAAGGGGCCCCACCCCAUUCCAUCCUCCAUUCUCAUUGUGGGCAGCGGCGCGUUUGGGCUUUCCACGGCGUGGGCGCUCGCGACGCGGCCGGAUUUCGCCGCCACGCGCAUCACGCUUGUGGACAGGGUGACGAGCCUCAAGGAUGGCGACCUACCGAGCAGCGACGCCGCGAGCAUGGAUUCGUCGCGCAUCGUCAGGGCCGACUACGCGGAUGCGCUGUACGCCCGGCUGGGCGUGGAGGCGCAAAAGGCGUGGAGGGGAGGGAUGGCGUACGUGCGGGGUAGCCUGGCCAACGUGAUGGACAUUGCCAAGGAGCAAGGGUACGCGGACCGGAUCGUGGAGGUGGGGACGGGGGAGGAGCUCCGGGCGUUGCUGGGCACGGCGGAGAAACCGGGCGACUGGGGGUAUCUGAACAAGACGUCGGGCUGGGCGGACGCGACCCGGGGCAUGGAGUGGGUGCUGGAAAAGGUCAAGGCCACGGGGAGGGAUGGCGCCGUGCUGGAGGCGGACUUGGUAGUUGUGGCGGCGGGCGCGUGGACGGGCGGGCUGGUGGACCUGCGGGGCCUGGUGACGGCGACGGGCCACGUGCUCGCGUACAUGGACCUGUCGGACGAAGAGCAGGCGGCGCUCGCUGACAUGCCUGUGGUGCUCAACCUCGGGUCGGGCUUGUUCGUGAUCCCGCCGCGGAAUAAUGUGCUCAAGGCCGCGAGGCACGCGUUUGGGUACCUGAACCCGGUCGACCUCCCCGCGGCGAAGUUGCUGCCGAAAGAGGUGCCCCAAGAGACGGACGGCCGUGCGGAAGAUGGUACCGGUGCUGCUGGCCGCGAUGGCGAUGAUGGCCCUGGUUCCACGAUACGGAUUUCCGCGCCUAGGACCGCGGUUGACGCGGAGUCGAUAGGCCUGCCCUUGGAGGCGGAGACGGAUCUGCGCCGCUCACUUCGGCAGUUCAUCCCCGUCGAAGCCUUGCACGACAGGCCUGGGCACGCGUACAAGUUCCUGCCUGUGCUCGGCGGCAAGAUUGUCGACUGCAUCGCGGGCCGGGGCGACGAGGCCGUGAGGCGAAAGUGGCGAUGGAGGGAGGGCAAGGUGUCCGUUGUGGAGGGUAUCGCGGCCGUCGUCACGGAGGAUGGGAGCCGUGGGGGCAGCCCGGGGAAGAUUCUGGAGAGGGAAUUGGCAAGGACGGAGUAG